AUGUGGGCUGGAAAAGGCAACAUCUUCCUGAGCCGCUAUCAGUUUUGUCAGAUGCAUCAGGAAUCCAGCCAAUGCAUCGGUGAUUUCAUUACAAACCUUACUCUCGCCGUACAGGAUUGCCGAUAUACCGAGAUUGCAGCAUCCAAGUUCGAGCAGACGAUGCUGGUGCAGCAGUUGCUUGUGGGCUUGAGGGAUGAAAUGGCUCGGGAAAAGGUGUUAUCCGAGAAGGAAGAUUUGUCAUAG